CGACUGGGCAGGCGAAGCGUCCAUAAUUCACGCGCGGCUUUGCGAUUUUGCGAAUAUUAACUUCUCUGCACGGGCAACGCAUGUCCGAUGUUGGAAUAAAGCCAGGACAGCCUGGAUCUGGAAAGCACGACACCCCGUUUACUUCAUCGCAAGUAGGAAGUAGCGGACAUGGACUUCGCGGAGCAACUAGCGUUCGGUCGAGAGCAGGCAGCGAAGCGAUUUAAAGCUAGUCAAGGCCAGGACAGAGAGCACUCUGGAGACGAGGUCACUGUUCGACACCAGACCCCUCCAAUGCCUCCCACUCGCCAAGCCGCUUCUUCCGACGACGGAGUAGCUGUCCUGUAUCACCACCUCCCGACACCUCCCGCUCGUCAAAAAGCGAAGGUAGAUAAAGGGAAGCGAAAUAUUUGGGCAAUUGAUCAACAAUGCGUGGAUUUGACGAACGACGAAGAUUGGUGUCCACAGUCAGAAGCACCGCCUCUCGGAAUGAGCAGCGGCUUGAAGCGAGAAAGAUGGGAGGUUGACAUCGGGACGACACUGAAGCAGGAGAACCGUAACACUGAGCUGGGUGGCGGAGUCAAGCAGGAUGCAUGGGCGUCCGGGUCGCGGUAUGGACUCAAGCAAGAAGGGUGGAAGGUUGAGGACGGUAUCAUUCCGAAAGGGGAGGAUUGGUCCAGAUUGCUGGACGCUGAGUUGAACCAGGAAGGAUGGAAAAUUGAGGAAGGCAUUGCAGCCAACUCCAAGCAGGAGGGUGGACCAGCAAGCGAAUCGAAGCUCGGGCAAAUAACUCUGAUCAACCACAGGCCUGAAGCUGUCAUACCGAACCCGGCUCCGCAGCAAGUCCUCGCAUCGGUGGAUGUCGAAGGUUCACUGUACGCUGAACCGCCCUUACUUAACGAACAAAGGCUACUCGAUUAUCAGGAGCCGCAUGUAGACCACAUGCUUGGCGUCUUCGCUCGAGGCAAUCGAGGUAUAGACGCGUCGGAAACCGGAACGGGGAAGACAUACUGCACGAUUGAAAUGGCACAGCGGCUCAAACUGAGGCCCUUCAUUAUAUGCCCCAAGUCCGUCAUUCUGAGCUGGAUAGACGUCGCCAAAAAGUUCGAAGUUGAACUGCUUGGAAUAGCCGGAUACGAGCAAUUGCGGGGUUGUCGAUACUUCACAGGUGGCACAUUGGACUCGGCGGAUUCCCCUUACAUCAGGAAACAGCACAUUCAGCGGGAAGAGCCGGAAGCACCACAAGAUUCAAACGAGCCAUACAGAGCGCCGUACCACGUGUUCGAAUUCGGCAUGCCAUCCGACGCAAUGUUCGUAUUUGACGAGGUGAAAAUAGCACCCACCACUGGUUGGAUUGACGUAUGCCUCGCUAUGCGACCAUCCGCUAAUGCAUCCUCCCGGUCCAGGCGCAUCGCUAUAUUCUUGAGGAAUACUCUCAAUUAUGGGGCGAAAUUUUCACCCAACUCUCUUGCCGCGAAGGCUAUACCCACUGGAUGCGCCGACAACUCCGAAUGCGCAAUUCGGAGCACGAUUUCAAGGGAAGAAGAGGAGCGCAAAGUGGACGUAUUCCAUCGCGCCCUCACGCCUCGGUUCGGCCAUCGAAUUCGUAUCGCGGAUCUCGGAGACCGUUUCGCCAAAAAUGAGACCUCCUGCAAGUUGCAGCAACUGUAUGAGGAAAUCAAGGCCAUAUUCGAGGAGCUGAGAGACAAAGAGUUGCGAGCGUCCGCUUUGGCCAGACUGAUCCGCGCACGACAAAAGAUUGAAAUUCUAAGAAUCCCGAUCUUUGUGGAGAGCGCCGAAAUGUACAGUCAGGAGGGCUUCUCCGUUGUCAUCUUCACCAAUUACACGGAAACCCUCACGCAACUGCAGGGGAAACUGGAGUGCGAAUACGUUGUUCACGGCCCGCAGACCAUGGAGGAACGCGCAGCGGCCGUUGAUGCAUUUCAGCAGAACCGCACAAAUCUUAUCAGCUGCAACAUCCAAGCUGGAGGCGUUGGCCUAUCGUUACACGACGUGCAUGGUGGUCACCCUCGAGUCGCCCUAUUCAAUCCCACCUGGAGUGGGCAGGAUAUGGUGCAGGGGCUUGGCAGGAUUCGCCGAACAGGCGGCAAGUCUCCAACGCGCCAGUUCAUUUUAUUCGUGGGCGGGACGUAUGAAGAGAGAAUCAGCCAGCUUGUGCAACAAAAGAUGGCCAUCUUGAGGGGGUGA